GUGUCGCGUCAUGAGCGGGCUCGAGGCCGGCGGUUAACGGGCGGCUCGAGCAUGGAAUUCAAAUUUAACUUCGACCUGGGGCCGCCGGAGCCGCCCGGGACUGGAGAGGCCGAGCGGUUUCCCACGCAGCCGGAGAGGGGCUCGGAGGCCGUGAAGGAACACGGGGUGCUCUGGGAAGAGCUGGAGAGGAUCCUGGAAGAUGCGGUAGUGGAGGAAGUGGCGGUGGCAGCGCCGGAGCCGCUGUGCCUCAGGCACCUGAACGUCUGGGCGGUGGAGCGGGCGCUGAGCCUGGAGGACCGCGGGGAGGCCGGCGUCUCCGGCGCCAUCGCCCGCCGCUCUGACCUCGUGCCCGGCGUCUACGAGGGAGGCCUGAAGAUCUGGCAGUGCACCUUCGACCUGAUCGAGCACCUGUCCGGUGUCGAGCUGGAGGGCCGGCGGGUCCUGGACCUGGGCUGCGGGGCGGGACUCCUGGGCAUCGUCGCCCUGAGGAGGGGGGCGGCCGAGGUCCACUUCCAGGACUACAACGGCUCCGUGAUCGAAGGGGUGACCCUCCCCAACGUGGCUCUGAACGAGGAGGAGGAGGAGGAGGAGGAACGGCCCGCGAAAAGGCGGCGAGCCCAGGGCCCGGAGCCCAGGCCGCUCUCCCGCUGCCGCUUCUUCUCGGGAGACUGGUCCCGGUUCGGCGACGUCCAUGGCGGCUCCUUCAAGUACGACCUUGUCCUGAGCUCGGAGACUCUGUACAACCCGGACAGCUACGGAGAGCUGCACGACGCCCUGUCCAGCUUGCUGUCCCAGGACGGGCUGGUCUACCUGGCCACCAAGUCCCAUUACUUCGGGGUGGGCGGCGGCAUCCACCUGUUCGAGAGCUUUGUCAAGCAGAAGGAGGUCUUUGACAUUCAGACAGUAAAAGUGAUCGACGACGGCCUCCAGAGAUGCAUCGCCACCCUGUCCUUCAGGAAAGCUCACUGUUGCUGACUCGCAAAUUGAGAUGCACUUUACCCGACCGCUGAACAGGUUUCAGGAAAUUAACAUUGAGGGUUUUGUUCUUUAAAAAGACAAAACCUCGAGGUGGAAUCCAUAGGGAAAUGGAUGAAAGCCUACUCUUCGCUGUGAAGUGUUGAAUCAAUGCAAAGUGACUGAAGUGCACAUGCUGGAAGAGUGUUUACAUUGCCUCGUGUCACAGGAUACAGAUAUUGAUAUGAAUUAGUAAAAAUACGUUUUGAUUUCAAGAGCAAAUAACUGAACAAAGCACCAUAGCAUACAGGGUUAUGAGCCAAGACUUGGAAAACGGAUUGGAAUAAAGAGACGCACGCUGACUGAUGCAGACAGAAUGAGCUGAAGGGUCUUUUUAUCCUCUGUUGUAAAAACUGACUCUUUUUAAUCUCUUCCAAGUACUUUGGAAGAAUUUAGCUGCUGUGAUUCGGAUACCUUGUAAAGAGUGGGUUAAGUGUUGGAAUUUAACAUAUUCUAAAAAAAAAUCCUCACUGGAUGAGGAUGUUGACCCUUGAGGAUAGUGAAGAGUCAACCAUUUAGCAGUAUCCCCAAGACAGAAAAAGAAAGAUCAGACUGACUCAGAUAUGAAUUCCCUGGUAAUAAAGUUCAAAAUUACAGAAAAUUACAA